UUCAUGGCGUCGAAAUCUCCCGCCAAGAGGAGAGCUAGGGUUCCACAGCCUUUGGACGAGCGAUCGCUGCCAUCGGCGGAGCAGGCAUGGCAGCUAAUCGCGAUUCUGGUAGUGGCCGCCAUUGUCGCCGUCUCCACGCUCAAGAUUUCCAGCUGGAUCGGCGGCUUGUAUCUCCCCUUCUGCGACACCAACAGCAGGUCUUUCGAGAAUUGCAUCCCGUGUCCCGAGCAUGGGAUUUGCAAGUACGGGCAGCUGGAAUGUCUCACGGGAUUUAGGCGGCGUGGGAAGCAUUGCGUGGAGGAUAGCUUGAUCGAGAAGAGCGCUGAAACGCUCGCUGGGCUGAUGAAGGAUCAUAUUUGUACCAUCAAUGGACAAUCAGUCUGUGAUGGAGGAACAACUGUAUGGCUCUCGGAAGAUGAAAUUCUAGAUGCUAUGAAACCGGUAACAUCGAAGCUGCAAGGUCCGACGCUGUGGCUGGUUCAGGAAAAAGCCAUUGGAAUUGCCUCGCAUUGGCUGGAGACGAAGAUUCGCGGCGUGCGUGUUUUCUGCUGUCCAGCUGAUCUUGUGGAUGCCUACAAGCCAUUUGGAUGCAGACUUCGAGAAUGGUUGUUUAAGAACUUUUUGAAGCUGCUAAUGACGAUUCCAGUGCUUUACGUAUCGGCUUCCUUUGUCAUCAAGUAUUGGCGAUACAAAUCGAGACUAAACCGAGCGGAAGAGCUCUAUGCACAGGUUUGCGAAGCAUUGGAGGCAAAAGCAACGCAGCUUGGCAGCAGUCCGGGAAACGAACGUUGGAUUGUAGCUUCUCGGCUCCGUGACCAUCUCCUCCGGCCAAGCGAGAGAAGGAACCGUGCGUUGUGGCUCGAGGUGGAGCGCCUGGUCCUCGAGGAUUCACGGAUUGACCAGCAUCCAAAGCUCGUCAGGGGCGAGUCACGGAUCGUCUGGGAGUGGCAAAUCGAAGGCUCCUUGAGCCCAGCCACGAUCCAAGGCAAAGCUCGCUCGAGAAUAGCGUCGCCAUCUUCGUCCCCACCAGGGAGCUUCGAAAGAUUCGACUACUUUCCCUCGGGCCCGACCGGCAACGCAAAGAUGAAAGAGGAGGGCGUUUUUUGAGAGAUACUGUAUAGAAAUGGACGGCCACUUGAAAGAUUCCGCGUUAGGGUUUUUGCCA